UAAGGUACCUUUACGCAACCUGCGGUAAGCCUCUCCGGGAGCAGUAAGCUCUUGCGAGGACAAGGGUCGUUCACUCACAAACAGGUUGCGUGCGCACUCUGCCGGGUUUUGAUCAGAAAGAAAGUCGAAAUCUUGGCGUGUGUGUCGGGCAGAGGUGGGUUAGGCGCGCCGUAGGUGUUGCGUGCGUCGUGUCGCGCGGAAGGACUUCGCGUACGGGACGGCGUGUCAGCAAAGGUGGUCCAAACGCAAGAGGUAAACACAGCGGUCGUUCGGUGUGUGUCCGCUAUUAGGCCACCCUUGUGUGUGUGUGUGUGUGUGUUUUUCUUUUUUCGUUGGCGGCCAAGUUUUGACCGUUCUUCUGCUGCCUCCUGCGUAGUUGAUGUGCCUUGGUCCUCACACUCCAGACAGAUAGCGGUGUAUUAUAGGGUCUCGUUCUACUUGUUACGCAACGGUUUUACUACAAUAGUGUAGCCUGCGCGCCACUCCGAAUACUUGUCGUUUUUGUCUACGGGACCGGCUUGUGCUCUAUGAUCCUCGCUGUUUUUUCUUCUUUUUUUUGUUGCUUUUGUUUCGGUCCGAUGCAAAAGAAGCGGGCGGAGGGAGCGGUAGGUGAUAAGCGAUGCAGCAGUUGAUGAGGUAGGUGUAUGGAGUUUGAAGCCGUGGGUGUUUUUGUUUUUCUGCUGCUUGUUCUUUACUUUUCAAAGUUGAAGCAGCUGUCCAACUUAAGCCGAUGUUGUCGCUAUUCUCAUCUUCAACUCAUGACUGUUUACGAAGUUGUGUACCACGUUUGGGAGUGGGGGGUAUAUGUAAGGGUUACGAGUCUGCGGGUCCAUGUAGGGGUGUUGUGGAAACGAUAAGCGCAAGUGACGUUUUGGCGCUGUGGUGAUGAUGUUCGAGCCUUGUUUAUCUUUCAUGUUUUCGACAAGCAUUCUCGGUUAGUGAUCUUGUCUUUCAAGUGUGUUUUUUUUUUUUUUUCGGAGUUGACCUCUCUACACCUUUGGCAUCUGUCUGUAGUCUUUGCAUAUGGGACUCUCCUUGUACCGUGUGUCGCUCUUGGCUUUUUUUCUUUGUACUAGACGGGUAUGGUAACAAGCAGCUCAGUUUUGACGUUGUUUUUUCCUUUGAUCGUACCGCAGUAUAUCGAAGACACUACGGCCUUUGUGUGAUAGGGAGGACGUAGCCUCCAUCGAUCGUUGUUCAUUAGCAGUAGGAUACAGUAGCACCAAGGGACAACAUUUGGUACCUGUCUCUUGAGAAUCCGGUGGUAUCUUUUUUUGUGCGGACGACAUGUGUCUGAGUACAAAUUGUUGAAGCCCUGCCGGCCGCGAAGCCCUGUUCGUCGCCAGUUCUUUCCUGCCGUAAAGCCACGGAGUUCCAUCAGAGAAAAGCAUCCCGGUAUUAUUUCGUCGAUGGAAGCAAAAGAAACGCAAAAUUGUUGACCUAG